CAAUUCCGCAGCAGUCGUCAAUAUCAUGAGUUCCGGGCGCAUCCGAGUGCUGUGCGAGCGCAUCAUGAGCCGCGGCUACGAGCCGCGCGUGGCGCGCCUCAUGGAGAACGUCAAGUCCACGGUACGCGCGCAGCCGGGCUUCCUCUCCAUCGAGACGUACGCGCAGGUGGACGACCACACCAAAUACGUCGUCUUCUCCGAGUGGGAGUCCAAGAAGGACUUCGACACGUGGCUGGCCAGCAAGGAGUUCCAGGAGUGCACGCAGCAGAUCAACGAGCUGCUGGACGUCCCCGGACUGCACAUGCGCAUCUUCAAGACCCCCAAGGACGACGUGUUCCUCCUCUGAGCAGUCAACUUCUGUACCAAGGGGUCUGCAAGCAUCCUUGCAUCAUUCUACCAAGUUGUCUAUUCAGAGCACUAGAAGAGCAUUUUCAAUGCAGUCUACAUUGCACGUAUGCUUG